AUGUCUAUCAUAGAUCAAUCAGAUUCACAUGGCACUACCAGUAGACAGAGUCCGGGAUUGUCUGUAAAACCUAAAGAAAAACCAGAAUUCAAACUCUGUUUUCCAAAACAACAGAUGAUAGGGCGAUCGGACUCAAGAUAUUCAAGAAUAGACGGAGAUUUUAUCACACCUAAAUUUUACUCACGUGAAAUUUAUCAAGAUUUAACUAUUGAUGAUGUAAUUGAUAAAGUAAACGCAAGAAUUGAACAAGAGCGAAAAGGACCAAGAGAUCUUUACCGCUAUCCCAUUUUAUCUAGUCAAAGUUAUGGAUGGUGGUACGAUAAAAAUUCAGCUUCAAAAGAUCCACGAUUUAAUUUCCAUAAAAAAACUUCAGAUCUUGUCCUCUCUAAUGCAAUAAUUCACUGGGAAGAUCGCAAAUUACGCGGUCUCUGUUAAUUAAAUUUUUCAAAUUAUUGUUAAUAUUUAAAUAACAUUUACAAACACUUAAUUAAUAAUAUAUAUGUAAUAUAUAAAUAUUAUAUAAAAAUAUAAACUGUUAUUAAAAGUAUAAAAAUGACAAAUAAAAAAAUGAAUGAAUUCAAAUUUUGCCGCGCUAAAAUCCGAGCGCUGUAAAAUUGCGCGCUUUUUAUUUAAACUGCGCA